CCCAGAUUCUACAGGAAAUGAAUCAUCACAACAUUCUGAAGCUUCAUCAUUCUUAUCCCGCUUUUAAUAAAUAUUACCUCGUUAUGGAACUGGCGUGCGGCGGAGAACUCUUUGAGGAUCUGGUAUCCAGAAAUGCCUUCUCCGAGAGCACAGCUCGCGAGGUGAUGUUACAGUUGUUUAGCGCUGUGCAGUAUAUACACGGGCUCAGGAUUGUGCACAGAAAUAUCAGACCCGAAAAACUCAUUCUUGCCUGGAAGUCAGCGGAGAACAAUGUCCACUUUCCUCCACUGAAACUCAGUGGAUUUAGUUUGGCCAAGAAACUACCAGAACAUUCAGACAUCAUGUCCUGUCCAAUUGAGGGUUCUCCUCUCUACCUUGCUCCAGAAACUAUUACAAAACAACCUAUUGGCAGAGAAGUGGAUAUUUGGGCAUGCGCUGUGAUAUUCUACACAAUGUUGGCCGGUUAUCCUCCUUUCUGGAGCACAAAUAGAGAAGAGCUUUACAGUCUCAUCGCACGUGGAAAGUACAGUUUCCCAGAUCAAGAAUGGAAAUCUAUCUCCGAAGGAGCUAAACGGCUGAUAAAAAGCAUGUUCAUGGUCGACAGAAAUGAACGAGCAACAGCGGUGGAAGUUGUUAAAGAUCCGUGGACCCAGAACAGAAAAUUAUCGACCGCCCAUCGGAAGGGAACUUUGGAUAAUCUGAAUGCUUUUAACGCCAAAAGAAAACUCAGAGGAGCUGUGUACACGAUUUUUGCUAUGAAACGAAUGAUGGAAAACCCAGAACCUCUGGCUUUGAUGAACGGUGUAAAAUCGUAAAACAAAUACUGAAAACUAUAAAACCCAACAUUUUCCAUACAGUCACUAUUAAAUCAUAAAUUUCUUCUUCUGUGUCCUAGCGAGACUUGCAUAGCAUUUUGGUUUUAUUUAUCAGUAUUAUUGUAAUGAUACAUUUUUUACGCGAAAGACAUCACCAUUGCUCAGUUACUGACCGUGGUUUCCUAGCGAAAUAGCUUUCGUGACGACGGUGAAAGAUUUCUGACCGGACCCAAAUUUUUCUUGUCCAUAUAUCUUAUCCUAACUACACUGAAAUACCUUGUUUGUGCAUCAGUGACACCCAGUUAACUUGGAAUCAUAUACCUUUUCAUGAAUUUGUUCUAGGUAUGCCUUCUAGGUAUUUUUUUUAAGAAAUGUAAUAAAUGAUACAUGGACUACGCUUUCGCAAGAGCUCAGGCAAAACGGACGAAGUUAAAAGAACAGCCGAUUCAGAUACAGACGUCGCUGAUUUCGUCAUCUUAUUCUACGCUGGCGAUGAGUAUUUUCAGCCGUAGGUGUUUGCUCCUUAUUUGAGCAUUAGAAAAGGAGGAGUGACUUUCGGACUCGAGGAAAAGAAUCGCGCAACAACGAAACAAAUUAAAAAUAAAAAAAUCAAGCAAAUGGAAAAAAAGCGGGUUUAUUCAGAGAAAUCUGAGAAUUUUACCACAAUUAGCAAAAGUAAAUGCCUUAUAUGAAAUAUAAAAUUAAAAUGAAUUAAAAGGCAGAA